CGGGUAAAGAGUAAAGUCACCCGGCAACAAGUGAGCUCACACACAUCUUGAACCUUAUUGGAUAACGUGCAGCAACCCAUCCAAGUACUUGACACGGGGAGAGGGGAAGUCCAGACACACAGCGGACUGGAGUAGCGAUCACAGCGGACGUUCACUGACGGAGUCUCCUCCUGAACCGAAGUAGAACACACACAACUGAAGACAAGGAGGAGCCCCGGUGCCCAGACCUCUCCCCCCCCCCCCCCCCCGGGCAGUGCUGGGACCACUGGAUCAUCACACAGGCGAGACAAGGACAGACAGAGAAGGAGAAUGGGAAAUGCCAGCUCCAGCCAACAGGGGGCUCAGUCUGAGACCCCCACAUACUUCACACAGGAAGAGCUCAACAAACUGAAGUCCGAAUUUGCAACGGGAGGUGUUGAAAAGAUUAAACCUCUGCUGGAGAAGAAGGUGAAUGAACUGGACAACACCGAGCUGAACAUCGCCGUGACGGGAGAGACGGGUGCAGGAAAAUCCACCUUCAUCAACGCCAUGAGAGGGCUUUGUAGCGAAGAUGAGGGAGCGGCUGCGGUUGGGACCACGGAAACUACAAUGGAGCCAACCGGAUACACACAUCCCUAUCUGCCCAAUGUCCGCUACUGGGACCUGCCGGGGACCGGAUCUACACGAUUCACCGCGGGUUCUUACCUGAAGAAAAUGCAAUUUAAAACAUACGAUUUCUUCAUCAUAGUGGCAGCUGGUCGAUUCACAGAGAAUGAUGCAAAACUUGCCAAGGAGAUUAAGCGGCUGGGGAAGGAGUUCUAUUUUGUCCGCUCUAAGAUAGACGCUGACCUUAAUUCAAUGCGGCAGCAACGGGAUGAAUUUGAUGAAGAUGCAGAAAUGGGAAAGAUCCGAAGUGACUGCGUCAGUCAGUUGGGAAAGGCCGGGAUCCCUGAUCCCAAUGUGUUCCUGAUAUCCAGUUUAAUGAAAAAUAUGUAUGACUUCUAUUGGUUAAUGAAAGCACUUGCAGAUGGUUUACCAAAUAUAAAGAAAUCUGUCUUUGUCCUGGCCCUUCCCAACGAUAGUGUGGAGGUUAUUGGGAAGAAAGUUGAGGUGUUGAAGAAACGUAUCUGGAUGUUGGCGAUCAUGUCGGGAGUAGUGGGAUCGAUCCCGGUCCCGGGUCUCUCUGCCGCCUGUGACAUGGGGAUAGUGAUUGGAGCGAUAAUCUAUUUCCGUAAAUGCCUGUGUCUGGAUGAUGCUGCUCUCGGCAGAUUGGCCCUGAGAACAGGCAAGUCCGUAGAAGAUCUGAAAGGCGAGGUAAAAUCUUCCCUGCUGGGAGAAUUAACUGCACCAGUGAUAUUAAGGCUGUGUUUAGGUGCAGUCGCCAUUGGUGUUUCAGUCGUGGAAGUCUUUUUUUACUUUAUCCCAGGCAUUGGUUCCCUGUUUGGAGCCGGGUCAUCAUUUGGGAUGACCUACUGGAUACUGAAUGACGCGCUGAAGCUUCUGAUGGAGACCGCAGUGAAGGUGCUCGCUGUUGCCAAACGCGCCCAAUAA